CCAUCGCCAGGCAGAAGGAUCUGUGACAGUGCAGGGUACAACUCGAGGUUGAGGGGCAGAGAGAGGAAAACAUUUCUCCCGAUCCCGCCAUACUUCUACCACUAUUCCACCAUAACCACCAUCAAAUUAAUUCAAAUUGAUCCAUUCUACAUUGUGCGAUUCAUUCGCUUGGGUUGCUGCAGUCAAGGUUUCUCCACUUCAGUAUUGGACUUAAUCAGACUACAACAUUACCAUUACUUUAAACUUUUUUUCCUUUUUCUUUUUGAUUUACUUUGAAAAUAAAUGUAUUUCGUUUUCUUUUACUGCUUGUGGACAUUUGCAAGUGUUUUCAACCUGUGAUCAUCCUGGGUAGAUCUAUCUCGUUGCGUUUUCAAAGAAAAAAAGUUUUGUUGCUCAUAUUUUUUCAUUUCAAUUGGAGGACCUCUAUUUUUCAACAUGAACAAGCUAUACAUUGGAAAUCUCAAUGAAAACGUGACUGCAGAGGACUUGGUUAAAACCUUUGAUGACAACAAGAUUCCAUACUCUGGGCAGUUUCUUAUGAAAACUGGCUACGCGUUUGUUGAUUGUCCGGACGACCAAUGGGCUAUGAAAGCCAUUGAAGCAUUUUCCGGUAAAGUGGAGCUCCAUGGGAAGCAUAUUGAGGUCGAACACUCUGUCCCUAAGAAGCAAAGGACCAGGAAACUCCAGAUCAGAAACAUUCCUCCACACCUGCAGUGGGAGGUGCUGGAUGGUCUGCUGGCCCAAUAUGGAACCGUUGAGAACUACGAACAAGUGAACACAGAUAGUGAGACUGCGGUGGUCAAUGUCACAUAUGGAACUCGGGAACAUGCCAGACAGGCUAUCCAGAAGCUGAACGGCUACGAGUUUGAGAACAAUUCCUUGCGCGUCUCCUACAUCCCAGAUGAGACGUCCGAUGUCGACUCCCAACGCGGCCAGGACAACAGUCGUCGCCCCGGUUACGGGUCCCGCGGCCCCCGUGGAGGUUCCCCAGGCUCAGGCAUGCCUUCAAAACACCAGCACGCUGACAUCCCCCUCAGACUCCUGGUGCCCACCCAAUACGUGGGGGCCAUCAUCGGCAAGGAGGGUGCCACCAUCCGCAACAUCACCAAACAAACCCAGAGCAAAAUUGACGUCCAUCGCAAAGAGAAUGCCGGCGCCGCUGAGAAACCAAUCAGCAUCCACUCCACCCCUGAGGGCUGCUCCUCUGCCUGCCGUAUGAUCCUGGACAUCAUGCAACAGGAGGCUAAGGACACCAAGACUGCUGAAGAAGUACCCCUGAAGAUCCUGGCUCACAAUAACUUUGUAGGCCGACUGAUCGGCAAGGAGGGGCGCAACCUGAAAAAAGUGGAGCAGGACACCGACACCAAGAUUACCAUCUCUCCACUCCAGGACCUGACCGUGUACAACCCAGAGAGGACCAUCACAGUGAAGGGACCCAUCGAGGCCUGUUGUCUGGCCGAGACAGAGAUCAUGAAGAAAGUGCGUGAGGCCUAUGACAAUGACAUGGCCGCCAUGAAUCAACAGACUCAUCUGAUUCCCGGAUUGAACCUUGGAGCACUUGGACUUUUCCCCCCUUCCGGUUCCAUGCCCCCUCCCCCACCAGGCAACUCUGCAUCCCCCUACGGCUCUUUUGGGGCCCCUGAGCAGGAGACAGUCCAUGUGUACAUCCCGGCCCAGGCGGUAGGAGCUAUUAUUGGCAAGAAGGGAGAGCAUAUAAAACAGCUGAGCCGCUUCGCUGGAGCAUCAAUCAAGAUUGCCCCAGCUGAGGCUCCAGACUCCAAGAUGCGAAUGGUCAUUGUAACCGGCCCACCUGAGGCCCAGUUCAAGGCUCAGGGCAGGAUUUAUGGCAAACUGAAGGAGGAAAACUUCUUUGGGCCGAAGGAGGAAGUGAAGCUGGAGACGCACAUCAAGGUAGCUGCUGCCGCUGCCGGCCGAGUCAUCGGGAAAGGCGGAAAGACGGUGAAUGAGCUACAGAACCUCACUGCAGCUGAGGUGGUGGUCCCUCGCGAACAGACCCCCGACGAGAAUGACCAGGUUAUUGUCAAGAUCAUCGGCCACUUCUACGCAAGCCAGUUGGCCCAAAGGAAGAUCAGGGACAUUCUUACGCAGGUCAGGCAGCAGCAGAAAGGAGGCAUGGGGGAGCGCCAGGGGGAGCGCCAGGGGCCACACCCACAGGUCUUGUCUGAGAUGGGGCCCUCCCAGGGACUGGCACAGGAGCCCCGGCCCCAGAGAAAGUGACGGGGCAGAGGGACCUUACCGGACAGACAGACAGAAAAACGAACGGAGGAUAGAUGAAUGGACGUAUAAAAGAGAGCGACACACGGACCCAGCGAUAGACAGGAGAGAUGCGAGUCAAACUGAGUCAGAGAGAGGAAACACCUGAGAGAGGACAAAGUUUAGAGAGGAAAAAAAGAGAGGUAAAGUAAACUUAGAGAAAACAGAGACCAGAUGCCAGGCCAGAGCGACUGACUGGGAAUGGUGAGUUGUUUGGAGGAGGUGGUAGAUAGAGGCGUCCUUGUGUGUUUCAGAGAGGGUCUCUCUCUCUCACACACCAAUGGGGGUCAUUUGGUUCUCCUCAUAUGGAGAGCGACUACUUUCCCUGAUCACACUUGGAUAGGCCAGCCUACUUGAUACUAAACCCAUACUGAGCUCUUAACCAUCUCCAGCCAGUCCUAUAUUUUAAGGGUGGUUUUUUUAAAGAUAAAGAUAUAUGUAUAGAAAUGUUUAUUCAGAGGUAUUAUUAAUAGAAUGCAGUGAUCGGGAGCCGGGAGAGGG